AUUGGUGGAUUUGCCGCUAUUGCCGGUAUCAUGUUUGGUUUUGAUAUUGGUUCUAACUCUGGUGUCAUUGGUACUCACCAAUACCUUGACUACUUCAACCAUCCUAGUGACGUCUUGCAGGGUGGUAUUAACGGUGCACUUUCCGCUGGUUGUUUCGUAGGUGCAUUGAUUGCCGGUUACCCUGCUGAUCGCUUCUCUCGUAAAUACACUCUCAUCGCUGCCUCAUUCCUCUUUAUCAUCGGUUCUAUUCUUCAAGCUGCUUCAAAUGGCGUUGCUAUGCUUUGUGCUGGUCGUGUCAUUAACGGUUUAUCUGUCGGUAUCACCUCUAUGGUUGUCCCUCUUUAUCAAUCUGAAAUCUCUCCUAAAGAAAUUCGUGGUCGUAUUGUCUCUGUUCAGCAAUGGAGUAUUACCUGGGGUAUUAUGAUUGCUUUCUGGAUUCAAUAUGGAUGUCAAUAUAUCGAAAGCACAGCCGCUUUCCGUAUUCCUUGGGCCGUUCAAGGUGUUCCUGCCGUCGUUCUCUGCAUGGGUAUGUGGUUCUUCCCCUUCUCUCCACGUUGGCUCGCUGAUAAGGGUCGCUUGGAUGAAGCUCUCAAAGUUCUUGCUGAUAUUCACGGUAAUGGCGACCCAAGCCACCCUCGUGUCCAAUUGGAAAUGGAAGAAAUCAGAGCUACUAUUCAAUUCGAUAAGGAAGUUGCUUCCCAUCGUUACACUGACUUAUUCCAACCUGGAUUGGCUUACCGUGUCUUCCUCGGUGUCUGUCUUCAAAUUUGGCAACAAUUGACUGGUAUGAACAUUAUCAUGUUCUACGCCGUCUUGCUCUUCCAACAAGCUGGCAUUGGUGACACUCAAGAAGCAAGUCUUCUCUCCUCUGGUAUCUCUUAUGUCGUUAAUGUUGUCAUGACUAUUCCUGCUAUUAUCUUUGUUGACAAGUGGGGUCGUCGUCCUACUUUGAUUCUUGGUGCCUUAGUCAUGUCUAUCUUCUUGUGGGCUGUCGGUGGUGUCUUGGCUGUUAAUCCCUGGGCGAUUGAUCCCAAGGAUGGCAAAUGGUACGUUCACAUUGACUCCAAGACACAAGCUAAUGGUGUCGUUGCCUGUAUUUAUCUCUUCGUUGCCACUUUUGCUACCACCUGGGGUCCUCUCGGUUGGGUCUAUCCUGCCGAAAUCUAUCCUCUCCGUGUCCGUGCUAUGGCUGUCUCCCUCUCUACUGCUUCCAACUGGCUCUUUAACUGGGUUCUUAACUUUGUCGUUCCUAUCUUGAUGCAACGUAUUCACUACGGUUUAUACCUCUUAUUCGCUGCUUUCAACUUCUUGAUGUGUCUCCACGUCUACUUCUGUUACCCCGAAACCAAGGGCUACACUCUUGAAGAAAUGGACAUCGUCUUC